CUCCCGCCGCCUGCUACCCGGGCAGCCCCUCGGCUGAAUCUUGGUGCUUGGGAGCAGGGCUGGGGACGGGGGCGGGAGCCACGGGACUAGCGCCUGAGGUGUCCCAUAAGAGCUAUGGAGCUGAACAGCAAGAAGAAGCUUCAUGCCCUGUCUUUAGCUGAGAAGAUCCAGGUUCUAGAACUGCUGGAUGAGUCCAAGAUGUCCCAGUCAGAGGUGGCCCGGCGCUUCCAGGUCUCACAGCCCCAGAUCUCACGUAUCUGCAAGAAUAAGGAAAAGCUACUGGCAGACUGGUGCAGUGGCACAGCCAACCGGGAGCGCAAGCGCAAGCGGGAAUCCAAGUACAGUGGGAUCGACGAGGCUCUGCUUUGCUGGUACCACAUUGCCCGGGCCAAGGCCUGGGACAUCACAGGGCCCAUGCUGCUCCACAAAGCCAAGGAACUGGCAGAUAUCAUGGGUCAGGAUUUUGUUCCCAGCAUAGGCUGGCUGGUCCGCUGGAAACGCCGCAACAAUGUAGGCUUUGGGGCUCGCCAUGUCCUCACCGCUCCAUUUCCUUCUGAGUCACCCACCCCAGUGCUUAUGUGCCAGGCCCAGCCACCUCUUUCCCUUAAAGACUUCACUCCAGAAGAUGUUUUUGGCUGUGCUGAAGUGCCCUUGCUAUAUCGGGCAGUGCCUGGCAAAAGAGUGGCAUGUGAUCAGGUACAGGUGCUACUGUGUGCCAACAGCAGGGGCACAGAGAAGCGGCGGAUCUUGGUGGGUGGGCUUCAGGCUGCCCCAAGAUGCUUCUUUGGGGUCAGCAGUGAAGCACUGCCUGCCACCUACCAUACUGACCCAGGCAUCCCUUGGUCAGAGUGGCUGGCACAGUUUGACCGAGACAUGGGGCAGCAGGGUCGAAAGGUAGCUUUGUUGCUGGCUGCCCAAGUGGUGGAGGAGUUGGUAGGCCCACCUGGGCUCCACCAUGUGAGGCUCUUGCCUCUGGCCACUUCCAGCACCACACUAUCCCUGCCCAGCUCUGUGAUCUGGGCCUUUAAGGCCCAUUACAGAUACCGUCUGCUGGGCAAGCUGGCUGCAGUCCAGGCCAAUAGGGCUGGCGCCUCAUUGGUCGAGACCAGAACGGACAUCACGGUACUGGAUGCUCUGCACAUGGCUGCAGCUGCCUGGGCCAAGGUGCCUCCUCAGCUCAUUUUGAGCAGCUUCAUUCAAGAAGGACUAGCUCCUGGAAAAACGCCUCCCUCUCCAGACAUAGCCUCUGAGAUGCCACCAGUCCCUAGUGGGCUGAGCUGGGAGGAGUUUUCCCGAUUUGUGGACCUGGAGGGUGAGAAGAUAGGACCUGGAGUAUGCAAAGAGGAGACAGGCACUGAAGACCAAGAGGGGGUCAGGGAGGACAGCUUUGAGCCUCUGCCCACCAAAGCUGAUGCCUUGCGGGCUCUGGGCACCUUGCGGAGGUGGUUUGAGUGCAACGGCUCCUCCCCAGAGCUCUUUGAAAAAUUCUAUGACUGUGAGGCAGAGGUGGAGCGGCUCUGCUGCCUGUAGGGUUCCUGGACUGCUGCCAGAGACCUCCUGCUGUUUCCCAUGGAAAUGCCUCUUCAGACAGCAGCUGAGCUAUUUCCUGUGGAAAUUCUGUGUGUGAAAAGUGUAGAAGGGGAAGAAGUUGGGAUACCAAAUCUAAGCUCAGAGCAGAAGUCAUCCAGGUCCCGAGAAGAAUCUUGAAGCAGCGAAUCUGGGCCAUGUAGUUCCUGGACAUUUUGUGAAGAUCCUAGGGCCUUGGAAGGGCUGGAACAUGGGAAAGUUGAACUUGGGC